AUGACGAGUAAAAAUCCCGUCAUUAUCAUCGGGGGCGGACUUGCAGGCCUGGUGGCUGCCUUCGAGCUAUCCAAACAAAAAGUCCACUGUGUGAUUGUCGACCAAGAGAACGAAGCUAACCUUGGGGGACAAGCAUUCUGGUCACUGGGAGGUCUUUUCAUGGUAAAUACGGCCCUGCAGCGACGUGCAGGAAUCAAGGACAGCCAAGAGCUGGCGCUACAGGACUGGUUCAGCACGGCACGAUUUGAUCGCGACUGCGAUUAUUGGCCGAGGAAAUGGGCAAAAGCGUUUGUCGAAUUUGCGUCGGGUGAUUUUGAGAAUUAUGUGAAGUCUCUCGGGUUGAAUCUCUUCACCGUGAGCUGGGCCGAACGAGGUGAUGGGUCUGCUGGGGGACAUGGAAACUCGGUACCGAGAUUUCACGCGUCAUGGGGCACAGGCCCAGCAGUUGUCGAUAUCUUCGAGAAACCCGUGCGAGAGGCUGCAAAGAAAGGAAUAAUCGAGUUCAAAUUUCGCCACCGCGUCAAUUCUAUACUUGUCGACGAGCUGACCGGUGCAGCUAUCGGUAUUCGGGGCGAAGUCCUUGAGCCAUCAAAUACCGCGCGCGGAGUUGCAAGUAGUCGGAAGAGCGUUAAUACGUUUGAGAUCCGUGGAAGCAAGGUUAUCAUAACCAGUGGAGGCAUAGGCGGAAAUAUCGAUCUGGUCAAGAAGAAUUGGCCUGUUGACCGACUUGGUGCCAUCCCAUCUAAUUUUGUUGUUGGUGUCCCAGCUCAUGUCGAUGGCCAUAUGAUUGACAUCGCUCAUGAGGCGGGAGCUAAUGUGAUCAAUAGUGAUCGCAUGUGGCAUUACACAGAAGGUCUCAGCAAUUGGAAUAGCAUCUGGCCAAAACAUGGGAUUCGCAUUAUUCCAGGGCCAUCUUCACUCUGGUUAGAUGCGGCAGGAAAUCGACUACCACCGAUGCUUUACCCAGGAAGUGACACUCUUGCCACACUCAAGCACAUAUGUCACAGUGGUUCUGACUACACUUGGUUUAUUCUCAACCACAGCAUCAUCAGCCAUGAAUUUGUUCUCUCAGGCUCGGAGCAAAACCCGGAUAUCACUGGCAAAAGUAUCCUUCAAACCUUGAAGCGCAUAUUCUCAUGGUACCCCACUGGACCGAUCCAGGCAUUUAUGGACAAAGGCGCGGAUUUUGUUGUGGAGAAAAAUCUUCCUGAUUUGGUUGCUGGUAUGAACCGAUUGGCAAAGGAACGUGGUGGGCCAGUGCUCAAAGUAGAAGACAUCCAACAUCAAAUUCACCUUCGUGAUACCCAGCUGGACAAUUCAUACACCAAGGAUGCACAGAUAAUGCUUAUCCGCAACGCGAGAAACUAUUGGCCAGAUCGAUUGUUUCGAGUAGUCAAGCUCCACAAAGUGACUGACUCCUGGCAUGGUCCAUUAGUUGCAAUUCGAUUGAAUAUUCUGACCCGAAAGACGUUAGGAGGUUUGGAGACGAAUUUGGAUGGUAACGUCCUUCGACCAGAUGGUUCAUGCUUCCCAGGAUUGUAUGCUGCAGGUGAGGCAUCUGGGUUUGGAGGAGGUGGAGUUCAUGGAUACGCUUCUCUCGAAGGGACUUUCCUAGGUGGUUGCAUCUUUUCGGGACGGACAGUUGGCAUCAAGGUGGCCAAGGAGCUGAACGAUGCUGCGCAAUAA